AUGUGCGUGAAACUCUUGCCGGCGAUCCUUCUGGUGCACGUCGGUAUCGUCGCCGUUUCGUUGGUCGCCGUCUUGUCGCUCGCCGAGUUGUACGGUGGAGCUGUUACCGCUACUCAGCCCAGCAUGGGUCUGCUAAAUAUGACCGUGCUACAUGGCGGCCACCGAAACCAUCUGCCGGCUACUCGGCAGCACGGAAUUUCGAUCUGGGCAGAAAGCAUGGCGCUGGAUACUCGGCAGGGAAAUCUUGAGUACUGCCUCGACAUAGCCUCAACGCCAGUGGAUGUGCAUUUACAUGCAGACAGCACCGACACCGAAGUGUCAGCAUACAGACUGAUGCACGCUCUCUAA